AUGCGCAGGUGGCAAAGACCAUCGCAGCAUCCAAGCCCGCUAGCUGGUGCUCUUCUUCUAGCGAUCGUUUUUCACAUUUUGCGCUCUGUGCUAUUUUUCCCUGUGCUUUCACCAAAUAUUUCUCCAACAAUAAGAUCCUCUGCUCCGGCUAUUGCUUUCAUCUCAUCCAGUGAUCCAAGAAAGACUGCCCUUUGCGAAAGAACUUGGGUGAAGCAUCUGACAAGUCAUAUCAUUUUCACUUCGCAAAAAAGGAACACUCGCAACACUCAUCAAGUUCAUCUACCACACGACCCGGGAUCGCUUUGGUCCUCUUUCAGUUCUAAAGCUCUUUUUGCCGAGCUUUAUGUCCCUCAUCAUUACUCUUGGUAUAUUAUCACAUCGGACGAUACGUACGUACUUGUCGACGAUCUCAUGCAGGACCUGGCCGCUUUCGACUCCGAUGAGCCAUAUCUUGCUGUCAUUGGACCAAACGACUUCGAAGAGAGCCACUCGAAGCGACUGCAUUCGUUGAUUGUGGUAUCAAGAGGAGCUAUGACAGCUCUGUGGGACAACAUCCAUAGUGGACGAAAUGGAUGUGGAGUCGCGAGCUCACCACAUUUGUGUUUAGACGACAUUGUGAUGCUAAAUCUCAAGGAGGAUGCUCAUGAGAGGUCCCGAUACUUCAUGCUCAAUAGACACUUCUCAAAAUUUGAAAUAAAUCACUAUGUUAGACGCAAUGGACGCUACUACGACGGAUCGCAGGUCAGUAUGUUUCAGUCAAAAGGAUCAGGUGUCUGCGUAAGAAUGCAUCAUAUUCCUACAAAAUUUCUGGUCAUUAUUCUUUUUGCCAUCAGCUGCAACACAGAAACAUGCGUCGAUUCAUACUGUCCACCUGGAAAAUAUUGCCAGGAGCGAGUAUUUCCUUGCAAAAAACCACCUUGCCGCCCGAUUCUGUUUUGCCUACCAGUUGAAGAAAAUGGUUGCGCACAACACAAAUGCCCAGCAAAUGAAGUAUGUGUAGAAAGAGUGGAGCCAUGCAUUGCUAAAGUCUGCAAGAAGAUACCAUCUUGUGCCAAACCCGGAACGUGUGAUGCUCUGGUCUGCCCGCCUUCGCAACACUGCGUUGCCAAUCCUACGCCGAAAUGUGAAUCAGUGAGACAAGUACGAACCUCGGAACCAUUGGACAGCUCAUCCAUUGUUGGAAGCUGA